AGUGAACAGGACUGAGGGUGUGGGGUGUGGAGCAGGGCUCCUUUUGGGAUACACAAGGGGCUGCCUGGCCCUGGGUUUCACACAGAUUUUCCACUGGGGCUGUCUGAGACACGACUCACCUGUUGGGACUACAGAGACCUCCCUAUGAUCAGGCACGGUCAUUUUUAGACCCGUCGGGCAGCACCAGCCACACUCUUCAGCAAGGACGAGGGAGGGCCUCUGUGAAGGAGCUGUCGGCUCGGUAUCUCUCGCAGACAGCUGCUGCUGCUGGCGCCAGCCCCGCGCCGCCGAGUACUGUGAAGGACAACUCCAUUCACUCUCCCCACAGACAGAAAAAAAGCAAGAUGUCAGAAGCUCAGAAAUCAUCCAAAGUUGCCAUCAAGAAAAUGGAAGAUGACUUGCCUCCCCCUCCAGCCGUUGGCUCGGUGGCUGCUCCAGGGGCUCAGGAUCUCAGUGCACUCCCUGUGCCUCCCCCAAAACAAGCCUUCUCCAAGUUCUACCAGCAGCGCCAGGUGAACGAGCUGAAGAGGCUCUACAGGCACAUGCACCCCGAGCUCAGGAAGAACCUGGAGGAAGCUGUGACUGAGGACCUGGCAGAAAUGCUUAACACCGAGGAUCCCAGUGCACAGGCCUCCGUGAACCUGGAUAAAGUUCUCCCAGGAGAGGUUCAGUCCAUGCGCUGGAUUUUUGAGAACUGGGCACUCGACUCCAUUGGGGACCAUCAAGCCACCAAGAAGCUGACAGAAGAAGAGAUCAUCCCCAGUGGGGAUGUGAAAAGCACUUCCCUGAGGUUUGAAAACCAGUCCAUAAAUGGAUACAACCUGUCAACAUCAGCCAAGGUGUCAGAAACAGACCUUGCCAGAGGGGAUGUUCGCACUGCCCGGUGGCUCUUUGAAACCCAGCCACUGGACACACUAAAUAAACUGUAUUCAGAUGAAACCGAGGUGCAGGAGGCAGUCCUCAAGGACCCUGUCCAGGGAGGAGAUGUGAAAGGGGCCAAACAGCUCUUUGAAGCACAGUCCUUGGAUGCCAUAGGACGCUGCUCCUCAGUGGAAGAGAAGAGCAUCCUACAGCUCAAGUCAGAAAUCCAGGAGCUUAAAGGUGAUGUUAAGAAGACUGUCAGGCUCUUCCAAACAGAGCCCCUCUGUGCCAUCAGGGACAAAAGUGGGACUAUCCAUGAAAUCAAGUCCGUCUGCCGAGAAGAAAUUCAGAGCAACGCAGUCAGGACAGCUCGUUGGCUCUUCGAGACUCAGCCCCUGGACACCAUCAACAAGGACACUUCCAAAGUGCAGAUAAUCCGUGGGAUUUCACUGGAAGAAAUUGGGAGGCCGGAUGUCAGCGGCGCGAGGUGGAUAUUUGAAACUCAGCCUCUGGAUGCCAUCAGAGAAAUCACAGUUGAAGAACAGGACUUCAAGGCUUCCACAGAUUUUGUGACAGGGGCAGAUGUCACUAAACAACGAUUGCUCUUUGAGACCCAGACUCUUGACUCCCUGAAAGGAGAAGCUUCAGAAAGCGUUGUAGCCAAAGAACAAGUGAUUGGAGGUGACGUGAAAUCUACACUCUGGCUCUUCGAAACGCAGCCAAUGGAAACCCUGAAAGACAAUUUUGAGGUGGGACGUUUGAAGAAAGUAGAGCUUUCAGCAGAGGAGAAGGGAGAUGUGAAGCAAAGAAAACAUGUCUUUGAGACCUGUCCCCUUGGCAGUAUCUCCAAGGCAUUUGAGGAAGAAAUUCCAGCCACCAGCAUGGAAGAGGUAGUGAAAGGGGAUGUGAAAUCUUUCAAGACCCUGUUUGAGACUCUCCCCUUAGACAGCAUUAAGCAGGCUGACGCUGAGCCCACCACCAAAGAAGAGGAGAAGAUUCCAGCUGGCAACGUCAAAGCUAACCAAAUCCUGUUUGAGACAACACCCCUGUAUGCCAUCAAGGAUAGCUUUGGCAAUUUCCACGAAGUCACCUCUGUAAGCAGAGAGCAGAUCAUCAGCGGUGAUGUCAAGAACUACAAGUGGAUGUUUGAAACCAGACCCCUGGACCAGUUUGAUGAAAGCAUCAAGAAAGUGGAUAUAAUACGGGGGAUCACAAAACAAGAGGUGGUGGCCGGGGAUGUCAGGACAGCCAAGUGGCUCUUUGAAACGCAGCCCAUGGAUGUCAUUCACCUCCAAGGCACGGAAGGGGAGAAGCAUCCCUCAGUGAAGAGGGAGAUCUCCCAGAAGGGGGAUGUGAAGACCUGCAGGUGGCUGUUUGAGACCCAGCCCAUGCACACUCUGUACGAGAAGGCUGAGAAGAAGCAGGAGGAGGAGGAUGGCAGCAUGCCCCAAGCUGACGUGAAGUCCUACACAUGGAUGUUCGAGACUCAGCCCCUGGACUCCCUGAAAGGCCAGGAGGAGCAGUAUUUGCAAGUCAGUAAGGCCUACAGUCAGGAGGAAUUACAGGGAGUGGAUGUCAAAACUGUCCGGCACCUGUUUGAGACUGAACCCUUGGGCAGCAGCGCUGCCAGUGAAGCUGACAGGAAAAAAACCAUGCGGUACUCCAGCCGUGUGGAGUUCCAGUCUGGGGAAGUGUCCAGAGUCAAAGAGUUCUUUGAAGCCAAGCCCUUGGACACAGCCACCAAGCCAAAGUCCCAGAAGGAUGCUGGAACAAUUGCAGCUGGGUCUGUGCACAAGUUCACGUGGCUCUUUGAGAACUACCCCAUGGACACCCUGAAGGACAACUCUGAGGGCAUCCAGGAAAUACCUCCUGAAAAGGAUGUCAAGGGGGAAGAUGUUGGAGGAAAAAGGUUCGUAUUCGAGACAUAUUCCCUUGACCAAAUCCAUGACAAAGUGGAUGAGACAGAACUCCAGAAGAUCCAGAAAGACACCAUGAGCAAAGCUAAUGUCAAGUCCUGCACAAUGCUCUUUGAGAGCCAACCUUUAUACGCUAUCCAGGACAAAGAGGGAGGAUACCAUGAGGUCACCUCAGUGCAGAAAGAAGAAAUCAUGAAAGGUGACAUGAAAGGUGCCAGGUGGUUGUUUGAAACUAAGCCCCUGGAUCAGAUCAAGAAGGAAGAAGAGGUGUUUGUGAUUAGGGCUGUCACCCAAGAGGACAUCAAGAAAGGAGAUGUCCAGACUGCCCGGUGGCGGUUUGAGACAGAGCCUCUUGACUCCUUCUCAGAGGGAAAGUUGUCUGUGCCCAGAACAGUGGAUGAUGUGCAGAAGGGAGAUGUUCAGUCCAACAAGCAGCUCUUUGAGUCCCAGCAGGUGGGCCAGAAGAAGUACGUGAGGAUGGUCAGCGUCAGCGACGUGCAGCGCGGUGACGUGAGGACAUCCACUUGGCUCUUUGAGAACCAUCCUGUGGACUCCCUGUACGGGGACGCAGAGAGGAGCUCAUCCAUGAGCACAGUGCAGAGGGAGGACAGCCAGAAAGGGGACGUAAAACGCUGCACCUGGUUGUUUGAAACCCAGCCCAUGGACACCCUUAAGGACACAGAGGUGACGGCCAGCACUGGGGCCCAAGAAGAGAUCCCUCGUGCAGAUGUGAAAAGCACAACGUGGCUCUUUGAGAGCACGCCCCUGGAUAAAUUUAGUGCUUCUGAAGGUAGCAUAGAAGUAGAACUGAAAGAAAGAACCAUGAAGGAGACUUUAGAGACUCUCUGCACUUGCCAGGCUAUCCAGCAUGAUGGGAUUCUCAUUGAAGCUAAUGAUAUGGAGAGUGUGAAGAUGGUGAAGUACCAGCUCAGCAGCCCAGGAGCUCCAGAGAUCCUGAAAGAGGAGAUUGUGGGAGGCCACUUGCAGAGAAUUAUGCUGCAGCUCCUGCACAGAACCAAUGUGGAAGCACAGAGCACGCUGGUGGAGGAGGACAGAGAGGGCAAGAUCAAAGUAAGCCCAUUGCAGCUGCUGGACCAGAGCGAAGCUGUUAAAGGCAAAGAGGACCUGAGUGGAGAUGUAGCCAAGGCCUUACAGGGUCUGCUCAGUCAAGAUGCUUCCAUCAAAAAGGGGAUGGUCCUACAAGAGACAAAGUCGGGAUCGGUGAAGAUGACUCUCUACUCCCUCCUGUUCCAUUCUGUCCAGCAGAAAGUUGUCAAGGGGGACGUGAAGUCAACAAUUGGGAACUUGUUGGCUUCUUCCCAGGAGCAGAAAGCAGCAGCCACCAUCAAGCGUGAGGACAAUGAGAAGGGAAAUGUCCAGCUUUUUGCGAGCUGCAUUGAGAAGGGGGACCUCAGCUACCUGAAGAAUCUCCAGCAGGAGUCAGAGAUACAAUCCCUCAUCUCCUCCCAAGCAGAGGAGGAGGGGGCAGAGGAGAGCGGCCCAAGGGUUGUUCCAGGGGUUAACAUACAUGUCUUGCCAAAUAAAGAACAAAUAGAGAAAGUAAUUGCAGGAGGCGAGCCAGGGGCUAUGGAGGGGGCAAAAAAGGGAUUUGUAUGUGAAAGCAUGGGCAGAGAGGGUGUGUUAGAGAGAGAGGCUGUGCAUGCAGCAGGUGUGCAAUGUCUUGGGAAGCCCCUGCCCACAGCAAUGGGAAAGGAAGAAGUUCUGUCUGGAGGGCUUAAGGUGACUACAAAGUCAAUCCAAAGGCCUUCAAAUGCCAGCAAGAAGGCAGAGAAAGAAGAAGCCACCACUACCCAUUUGAAGGAACCAAAAACCGUGACACAAGGCCCAUUUCCAACCCAAGUGACAGCUCAGAGGGCAGAAGUUGAUGGGAAACAGCAGAGUGUGGUGCCUGGGGAAGCCAGCCAGACUCAGACAGAAGAAAAGGCCCUGGGGACUGAUCUUCAGGCUGCGAUGCAAAGCCUGAGGCUGGCGACGGCAGAAGCAAAAAACAUCCAGCACCACGUUCAGAGCAAGUUCCAGAGGAACAGGGAGGAGGUCCACACAGCCUGCAGGCAGCAGACAGUCAGCUCACAGGGGACCAUGACCUUUCAGUCCACCGUACACCAACAGGACUCCUCAUCCACCAAGCAGGAGAGCAGCAGCACUGCCACCAGGACCACCACCACCAGAGUCCAGGAGGCAUCCAAGACCCACACAAGCAUGUCUCAGAAGAGCGUAGCAUCACACAAAAAGGUCAGUGCUUCUGAGGAAGUACAGGGAGGACAUCUAUUGAGCCAGGAAAUCCAAGUUGUGCCCAGUAGAGAUUUUAGCAUUAAGGAUGGCCUUUAUACUGCCACACCCGUGAAAACCUAUAUAAACCCCUGUGUUGAGUCUGAUUACAAAGAGCAAUCAGUGCAAGAAGGAAGAGAUGUUGGUGUCAGAGGGGAUGUGCAGACAGCUAUCAGAGCACUGCAAAGUGCCGCCACAGAACAGCGCCUGGUAGAAAAGGAGGACGUGGUCCGAGGUAAUUUAAAAGCCACACUUCAGUCGCUGGAAAAGUCUAACGUUAAUGUCUCCAGAGGGGAUUUUAAAGCUGCUAUGAUUUACAGAAAUGCAGGGCAGUCCUAUUCUGUGUGUAAAAAGAAAAAUGAGACUCAACUCGCUAGUAACGAGACUGCUGUAGUGGCUUCAGGGUCACAGGCUGAUAAUGACUUUCCUCCUCCUCCCUCAGUUGCUGUGAUGAAAGCAGAGCAUUGCCCACCCUCAACUAAAGCAGCAAGAGAAGGUGCCCAACCAUUACCAACCAGCAAAGACGAAGCCCCAGGAUGUUCUGCACUCCAGAACCCUCCUCCUGCUUUUCCUUCUCUGUCCUGCAAACCCAGUGACCAGAGUCCUGCAGAGAAGCCCAGGACUCCUCCAAAACCAGAAGCUACUGCCCCACCCAAGAAAAAACCUGUUCCCCCUCCAAAACCUGAGCACCUCUUACACGAGGCACAUUCUGCCUCUGCAAAUUACAGCACAAACAGACCAACAAAACCCAUCCCUCCACCCCUGCCUCCAAAACCUUCAGGCUUGAGGGAGAUCAGCAAGCCAAGGCCUUCCCCCACAGGGCUGGGAUUAAGCUGCAUGGAAGUUCAUGAACAAUCAGGUUAUGAGGAAGUUCAAGCAAAAUGCUGCAAUUCAGAGACUUCUGUGAAGAAGUCUGUCACAGUUCAGGGUAUAAACCCUGAGAGAAAGCUGCCAAAAUACACUGCCAAAACCCCUCUUCAAAUAGCAGAAGAAAGGUAUAGGGCCAGCAAAGGACAAGGAAAGGUAGAACCAGACAGUGCUAAGACCUCAAAGCCAAUGAAAAAUGGAGUGGUUGGUUUUGAGGUCAAGCAGGGAAUGAUGGCUGACAAAGCAGCUGCUCCAAGGAGAUGCCCAGGUGAGGUGGCUCAAAGGCAGACAGAGCCGUGCCGAGAGGAGAGUGGGUGCUCCUCACCUCCAGCCUGUCCUGGCAGAGCACAGACACAGGACGUGCCAGGACAAACUGAGCCAAGCACCUCCCCUGUGGGUCACAACACCCCUCCAAAAAGAGGAGAUGGCACUGCACAAAAUGCCUCAUCCAAGGUGGAAAGGGAAAGUGUAUCCAAUUCUUAUGGAUCGUGGGAUAGUCAGAGAGUUGUGCAGCAGGUGCAUGAGAGGAGGCAAAUGUCUCAUUCAACGUCCUUCCAUCAGCAGCUGAUGAACUCCUUUGAGGAGCACCAGCAGGGAAACAGCAGGCAGCUGAAAUGUCCUGAUAGGGAGACAGAGACACCUGCCCAGGAGAAGCCAGUGGUUGUUAUGAGAGAGAAAAAAAAGAGAGAAACGGAAGAUGAGCGUCGGAAGAGGUUGUCAGUACACAAAGAGGAGAUCAUGAAAGGCAACGUCAAGGAGGCUAUGGAGAUCUUUGAGAACCUCAGGAGACAGGAGCAGCUGCAAGAGAUCUUGACCCGGGUGAGGGAGUUUGAGGAGGAGACAAGCAAAGUGGAUGUGAAGGCUCUCAAGAGCUUCUUUGAGAAGGUCCCCAAGUGGGUUGUGCGCCAGAAGGCCAAGCAACAGGACAAGGCUGGGGCCAAGGAGGACACUGACAGUGCCUCCUCAGUGGACCUGGUUUUUGAGGACCUGGAGCGAGCAAGUGCUGAGAUCCUCCACCUGAAGGAGCAGACACUUGCCCGCAUCCAGGACAUCGAGGAGGCCAUCAAAAAGGCUAUUUAUUCUGUUUCUAGUCUCAAAUCUGAAUCAGACAUUGCUGGGCUCUCAGGGCUGUUCAAGGAGUCUCUGGGGAGCGCCCAAAGCUCUGUGAGCAGCAGCAAUAUCCGUAAAAUCAGCAUUGUUUCAAGCAAAGCCAGGCAAGAGGAAGUCAUGCUGGAGACAGGAGAGGCAGCAUCUGUGGAAAGUGCAAAGGUGGCAGAAAAGACAGAGGCAGCCAAGGCAGAGCUAGAGAUUCCCCGCCUUGUUCAGUCUCGUGUCAGCUCUCCCUCCUCACCUUCCUACAUCACCAUUGAGUCUGCUGCCAGGAAACCAGCAGAAUCACCCAGGACAGCACAUUCCCCCCAGGAUGGCCCUUCACCAGACUGCCUUGACUCUCCAGGAAAGAGGGAUGCUUUUGCUCAGAACAGCUUUAGCUCCUAUACCCACCCCUCAACAGGGUCUGCUGGGCACGACACAAAACCCUCAGAGAAGAGGCCAGACCCCAUCCAAACAAAAGCUGGGCUGAGCUCCAUGAAACAGCACACGCCUGGCAAUGCCACCCAUCCAGCCAGUGACAAAGAGAAGUGUGCUCUGGACGCCUCCAAAGACAGCUGCCACUGUGGGAAGAAAGGCAGCUUUUCGGAAUACCGCUCCCUGAAUGUCCCCAGUCCACAAAACCCACGGAGGCAGAAAAGCAUCUUGGAGCUGCAGACAGGGCCCGACGGGUCCAAGCUCUACGGAGCCACCCGGACUGUCAUGGAGCAGUAUGAGGAGAUGGACCAGUUUGGAAACAAAAUCAUCACCUCGUCCACCACGGUCACCAAGCAAUCCGAGACACAAACGUCCUCCACGUGUGACGGGGUUCCUCAUCCCCAGUAUGAGGCAUCUGCCUCCCCUCUGUUUCGGAGGUACUUGAAGAGCCCAGGUGAAGGCUUCCACACCAAUGGGAGUUUUCAGGAGCCAGGAGUGGUCUUUGUCACCUUUGGCAACUCCAAGCCAAAGAAAUAGGAGAUUCUGGAGAACAAGAGGGGACUGUAUAAGACAAAAGAGAAAGGCCACGAUAAACAUUUCUCCUGUUUUAUCCACGUUACACACAGGGAUUUACCUACACCCUAAGGACUUCUCAGGGUCAUCGUCUUGGUGUUUGCACACAGACAGGACAAGUGCAGCCUGCCUUGACACUGGAGAACAGCCCUCACCUGGCCAACCCAGCAGACUUGGUGCUACACCACAACCCAGAGUCCUGGCACUGUUAGAAGCACAAGGGAAAAAUCCAUCCAUGGGCACCUUAGGGUACUUCCCCCUGGAAUGUUUGGUGGGGGUGGUUGGAGGUGUUGGAUAGGGCUUCUCUGAACUACUGCAGAGGGAAGGAUAGGUAGGAUCAAUUAAAGCACCAAUCAAUCUGGUCCCUGGCAAACAAAUACCUUUAUGGUACCUUCUUUUUCUAAGAAGGGCAUCCUACACAUACACAUAUAUACACACACAAGCUCAUAUUGAUGGGUGGGUUGGAUAGGUUUUCUCUUAGCCACUAAGAAAAGAAAAGGAAAAAAAAAAUCUUGAGUUGUCACUCUUGGACUUGGGGGAGUUAUUUAUCAGUUUGUUUUUCAGUUCCUGGAAAGUGUUUGAUGAUACUGGAAAUUGUAAGGCCAAGACUUACAGCUACUAUCAAUGCCAUUCCCCCAAAGAAAGAUGCUAUGAAAGAUUCUUGAGUCAGCAUGGUUACUGCUUUCUUUUUCUUUAUUUCUAGAAUUGUAAUUUAUUAUUUAGUAUACACAAACCCCUUAUUUUAGAUUUUCCAUGCUUUCCUACAUGUUUACUGUUUAAAUUAAUUUUGAGACUUUGUAAAGCAAUUUUUUCUUAUUAUUAUGACUUUGUUUUGUACAUUCUCAACUCAAGAUUUUAGAUAUUUUGUGGUUUUCUUUUUUUUUUUUAAUUUUAACUUCUAUUGCUGCGUUCUGAGGGUAAACUUUACCUCUAAAAAUAUUUUGGUCUGGUUGAGUUUCUUUUGUUCUGUGCCUGUUUCCUCUGAAAAUACCUAGAAAUCAUCUCUGGACAGACCAGUUGAAUCCCACACUGAGAGUCCCUGGGGGGAUUUGGUCUACAUCUGCUUUACAGUGUGGGUGGAUCAUCAGCCCUGCAGCAAAGAGUGUUCAUACUCUCAUCUGAAAAAUGAGUCCAGGGUGAUACAGACCCCCCAGUCCAGGCCUCUGUGCAGGUGUGUGGAGCCUGAGUAGGGUGGGUGCACCAGGAAAGGUCUGGACAGUUGUGUGUAUCCCUUUCCCCAUGGGAGAAGGCAGCUGAGGUGUUGGGCCCCCACAAGCCUUGGGAGGAGGAGCAGCUGAUGACCCAUCCCCUUCUCACUGCUGUGCCUCCCCUGACACCGAGCUCAGGGGUGUGUGAGUGGCAAGGAGUUCACUCCAGCUGUGGGGGAAUGUGAGGAGCCGUGGAGGAACUGAGUGUUUCUCACAGAAUCACAGCAUGUCCUGAGCUGGAGGGCAUCCUCAAGGACCAUCGAGUCCAGCUACAGGCCCUGCACAAGAAAUCCCCAAAAAUCCCACCAUGUGGCUGAGAGCAUUGUCCAAACACUUCUUGAGCUCAGGCUGGUGCUGUGACCACUUCCCUGGGCACCUGUUCCAGUGCCCACCACCCUCUGGGGAAAGCACAUUUUCCUGACAUCCAACAUAAACCUCCCCUGACACAGCUUCAGGCCAUUCCCUCAGUUCCUGUCACUGGUCACACAGAGAAGAGAUCAAUGUCUGUCCCUCCUCCUCAUGAGGAAGUUCUAACUGUAAUGAGGUGUCCC